UGUUUUGUUUGAGCGCUCGGCCGGGUCGUCGGAGUUUCGCGGCGGCAGUAGCGCGAUCAGCCCCGCACGGUACGCACGAUGGUCGCGCAGAUGCACGUGCUCGCGGCCACGCUUCUGUGCGCGCUGGCCGGCCAGCUCGGCGCCGGGGCCAGCCUCCACUGCGCCAUGCGCAGGGAGAUCUCCCCGUGCACCUGCCGGCGCGAGGACUCCAACACCGGUGCCAUUCUCGUCCUCUGCCACAGGAUCAAAGCUUACGAAGAGAUCACUAAAGCCCUUACUAAUAAAUUCAGCCCAGAAACAAAAAUUGGACUCGAUAUAUCCCACUCGCAGCUGCCGGAUAUUGCAGAUCACAGUUUUCGAGAACUAGGCCUCUCUAUCACAAAAUUGAAACUGAAUAAUGACAAUCUAAGUGAGCUGCCAGAGAACGCGUUCACAAGGCUAGACCUGGUAGACUACUUCAGUGUGUCGGACAACGCGCUGGCCGAGAUCCCGCGUCACGUGGUACGGCACCUGCCGCACGCCAAGACCCUGGACCUCUGCCGCAACAAAAUCUCGAAGCUCACUGAGGACGACUUUAAAGACUUACAGGAACUCGAACACUUGUUAAUAGCCAACAACGAGAUAUCAAAGAUCGAGCGGCACGCUUUACCGAAAGCUCUGAAGCACGUUCAUCUUGGAAUCAACAGCCUGAACAGCCUAAACGGCGCGCUCAGAGAUCUGGACGAGUUGGAGUGGAUAUUCAUUAACGCUAACAACCUGAAAUCCCUCGAGAAUGAAUUACCAAUCAAAUCAAAAAAGAUAUCCUUCAUACAUGCCGCACAAAACGAGCUGCAAAGUUUGCCCAAGGACCUAAAGCAAAUGCCUACGCUGGACUCCCUAUUUUUCUACGACAAUAACAUCAAACUGUUGGAUGGGGCUCUGCAAAAAUCUCGAAAACUAACAAAGAUCAAUCUCUCAUUUAAUGAAAUUGAAAGCUUGGCUGAAGAUGAAUUUGCGGAAGCUGAAGUUUUGGCAUAUCUCGACAUUUCGUACAAUCAAAUUAAAUCACUCAAUGGUUCGUUGAGAAGCCUUAAGUCGUUGCGCUAUUUGAACCUAACGCAUAACUCUUUAACAGAGUUUUCUCUGCAAGAAAUUAAAGGUUUAAAGAAAUUAGAUGUAAUAGAUUUUUCGCACAAUAAAAUUAAUCACAUUACUGGAAACAUGGAGAACCUAGUUGAUGUUGAAACGAAAGUACUAGAGUUGCGCUUAGACCACAACCAUCUCGUAACCCUCGGGGGCGCUCUAAUCGGAUUCCAUGGCCUCAUGAGACUGAACCUAAGCAACAACCAGCUGCAGCAGAUAUCAUCAGACGACCUCAAUGGCCUGGAGGACUUGAAAGUUCUCGAUUUAUCGUUUAACGACAUCGCCACGCUGGAAGAAACCUCAAAGUCAUUUUUGCCAUCUCUUGAGGAGCUAAUCGCACAUCACAACAACAUUAGUGGCCUCGACAAAGACUUCCACGGGCUGCCGUCCUUGUGCAUGGCAGAUCUUGCGUACAACAAGAUCCGCUCCAUCAAUUACGAUCUCGUGUCAAAAACGCGGUGUACCAUAAACGGUGUCCCCAGUAAACUGAAGAUAUACCUUCAAGAUAAUCCGGUGCUAUGCGACGAACGGAUGAAUGAGAUGGUAAUGAUGCUGGAGAACCUGAACGCUCGUGUGAGCGGGUCGUCGACGUGCCUAGGCACGCAAACGACGGCGCCGGUGCUCAGCAUGCGCACCCUGAACGACGUGGCACCGCGGCAGGAGGCCGCCGUCAUUGUGGUGGCGCACCUGCUGCCGCACGACGACCAGCGCCCGCUGCCGCCCGCGUACCGGCGCGUCGGCACCCUCAUCGGGCACGUACUUUCCGAGCGCGAGGGCGGGCUGCCCGUGGUGGUGGACCCGCCCGUCACGCUGCCGCCCACCACCAACGUCGUUGUCAAGUGGCCCGACGACCAGCACCCGCACCCGCUCGCGGAUCUGCGCCUGCGCGACCUUAAUGCGCCGGCGCAGUGAGCCGCGCCCUCCUUCCUCCGGGAACUCAGUGCUGCGCCCUAACAAAACGUACUGAUAACCGACCCCGGCCCGAACAGGGCAGUGACUCUAACUCGGCCGAGUGCACUAAUUAUUAUAUAACUACCAAAAGUAGCUACUUCCUACAUUUUUAGAGCUGAGAUGUAUAUAAGUAGUAGUAUUUUUAUGGCCACUGAUGAUGCGUUCUACUGAUUUAGGUAUUUACGCAGCGUCAGUUAAGUGGCUGUAAUGUGCGUUCACGUAAGUAAUAAUAGGUAAGUGUAACAACAUGAAUACUGUCCGCAGGGCGGUUCGUGAAGAACCGUUUUCGAGUAGCGCCAGUCGGGCUACAGCCGCCAGGUGCCUUGCCAGCUCUUGUAGGAUAGUUAAGAGCCUUGCCUUUCAUUUACGUCCGGCGUACAGCCAAAGUGGACUCACUAGAGCUUUAUAUCAACAUUUAAAAAAAGUUGUACUGAGAGCAUCUUUAAGGGUAAAUUGACCAAAAGUCUAGUCAGACCCUGCAGCACUUUACGUCUCAGAAACAAAUUCGUGGUAAAUUAUUAUACAGAAAACUUAAGUGGAAAUAAUAUGCCCAAACCUCAUGGUAUUGUGUUUUUUCGUAGCGAAGUUUCUUUUGCUACCGUUUAAGUGAAUUAUUAUUAAAUUAGCUCCAUUUGGAUAACAUUGGAAAAUCUGAUAACGGAUGUGUUACUAUUUAGGUUACUCCAAGAUUUUAAUCAAAUUAUAUCAUCUAAAAUAUGUAUUAGAGUUGAAGUAAAAGCGUGUAAGUAAGUGAAGAAACUUACUCUGUGCUUCAUUAAAAAAACUAGACAUUAGACCUACUCGUACCUGUAGCUACAACCACCUACGAAAAAAGACCAGCGACUACUGUCAGGUCAGCAUACCUACUUGCACAAAAUUAAAGGAAUUUAAAUUAUUUUUUACAUUUUACAUACAACUUAAUAAGGUCAGUAAUAUAGGAAUGCAGAUAUACAAUUUAUUGGCCAGGUAAACUAGAUAAGUACCAUGACCAUAUUACGUCUGAAAAAUGUACCUAUGCCUCUCAAGAACGUUAAAAGCCCUGGGAGCCUAGGAUUUGGCUCUGGAUGGAUGGAUGUAAAUACUUUUGGCUUGUGCUAAAGUUGUAGGGAUACUCACACUGCUCCUCAAAUAUUAGGAAAUUAGUACAGAAAAGUAUUUUAGUCAAGUUGAGGAAAUAACCUAAUUCUACGAUAAAUUUAUUUGUCGUUUUUCUCGAGAAUAAUCUUAGUAUGUUUUCUUAUGAGACACCAAAGGCUUGCAAGGAUAGAAGAAAAACCAAAGAUUUAAUUAUCAUGCGUUUCCCAACAAGAAUUUUGUUAUGUAAAUUAUGAGAACAUUAAAUGAAGUAAUGCGUUACGGUAAUAUGGUAAGUAUUUACCUUGUAGUUGACAUUGUCGAAUUUUCUUGGAGGGGAAUAAAAGUAACUUAUGUAACAAAUAUUAUUACUUAGUUUAAGCUUAAAUAUUUUAUUAGUGUUAUUUAUACUGUCGAUUAACAAUAGCUUUAAGAGAUUAAUUAGAUAUGAUACCGCCAACGCCGUAAUAUUUGAUGAUGAAUAUAUAAAAUGAUAUAUACCUACCUACCUAUUAAUAAAAUACCUAUACAUGUACCUAAUAUGAAAAUUCUAAAGUUUUGUAUCUGAAAAUGUAACUUAUCUAUCAAUAGAAAUGAAAACCGUGGUCCGGAGCUCAUUACUCCAAAAUAUAAUUAUUAACCUUGUAUCUACUAGUUGUUGUUUCGAAUAAAUAAAAGUUCAAAAUGCUAAA